AUGGCUUCUUUGGGAGGCUCGGUGCCUAUGUUCCGGAGCCUCGCGCCCCGGUUCUCCAAGGAAUUCUUCACUUGCCGACAAUGCCUCGGACGGACCCAGAACUAUGCGACUAAAUCCGCAUUUCGCAAGCAGUUUGCUGGCCUGUUCUUCGGCCAAAAGCCCUCCAAUGCAACUGCGAAUGCAUUCCGCGUGACAGCUACAAAUUUUUUCUCGCCUAUCCUACGGAGGUCCGUCUCGGGGUCAGCCGUGGCCGGUGCGCUGGAGGAUGGAGCUUCUAAAGCCAAGUCCAGCUUUCCCAAAGUGUCUGACAAGAUUGUGGCCUACUGGCUGCUGGGGAGUGCGGCCAGUGUAUUCGGUAUUGUCGUCUUUGGUGGACUUACAAGGUUAACAGAAUCAGGUUUGAGUAUUACAGAAUGGCGUCCCGUCACUGGAUCCCUCCCUCCCAUGAAUGCAGAAGACUGGGAGUCUGAGUUUGCAAAGUACCGUGCCUCCCCGGAAUAUCAGCAGCUGAACCCGAAUAUGAAUCUCUCCGAGUUCAAGUCAAUCUACUACAUGGAAUGGAUUCACCGGCUCUGGGGUCGUUUUGUUGGCCUGUCAUUUGUGCUUCCGGCUAUCUAUUUUGUCGCAAGGAAGAAGGUCAGCAAGCCCAUGUCGCUACGUCUAGCAGGCAUCGCGGGUCUGAUCGGCUUCCAAGGCUUCAUCGGUUGGUGGAUGGUUAAAUCCGGACUCAAGGAAGACCUCUUCGCGCAAGGCAGCCACCCCCGCGUGAGUCAGUAUCGGUUGACUGCUCAUCUUGGGGCUGCCUUUGUCUGCUACACUGCCAUGCUCUGGAACGGUCUUGCUAUCCUGCGAUCUCAUCGGCUCCUGGCUGACCCCGAAGCUGGAAUAAAGCUCCUGGACUCGCUGCGUGACCCCAAACUGAAGAUCUUCCGUCGAUCUGUUGCCGGUCUGGCCCUUCUGGUCUUUGCUACUGCCAUGUCCGGUGCCCUGGUUGCCGGCCUGGAUGCUGGUCUGAUCUACAAUGAGUUCCCGUUCAUGGGUAAUGGCCUGGCUCCUCCCAAGUCGGAGUUGCUUGAUGAGCGUUAUUCACGACACAAAGACCGGUCUGACCUCUGGUGGCGCAACAUGCUCGAGAAUCCUUCUCUUGUGCAACUGGACCAUCGUAUCAUGGCUAUGACCACGUUCACCAGUAUUAUGGCUCUGUGGGCUUAUUCUCGCCGCUCUCCAACCAUGAAGCGGUUGCUCCCACCUGCCGCCAGGAAGGGCCUUCACGGUGUGGUUGCAUUUGCUUGGGUCCAAGUCGGUCUAGGCAUUUCCACCCUCCUCUACCUUGUCCCUACUCCUCUUGCCUCUGCUCAUCAAGCAGGCAGUCUCUUCCUUUUGACCUGGGUGCUUGUCUUGGGCAGCCGUAUCUGGCACCCGUCUAGGACGGCGAAGUUGCUUCAGAUGGCUGCAAAGGCUCGUGGCCAAGCGGUAUGCAAUGCUACUGCACAAGCCGCCCACAAGCUAUGA